AUUUAUCACCUCCGUUCAUUCUCACCUCCAUGCAACAUUGUCUAACGGAGUAUAUAAUAAAUGAACGGAGGUGAAAAAUAUCCUUAUCGAUAAUUAAUAUCACACGUGAAAUUGCGAGGUUAAAAAAUGUUCAUUGUUCUAUUUAGAAAAUGGGAAGAGCUACAAACGCGACGAAGGAAUACAAAGAGAAACAAAAAGAACGAAUGAGAAAAAAUAGAGAAAAAAUAAAAAACGAUCCUGUUAAAUAUGAACAGCAGAAACAACGGGAGAGAGAGCGAUAUCAUCGUCGUAAGGCUGCUAGUAAAAUAAAAAUUGUAUCCCAAAUGACGGAACGAGAGAAACGACUGAAAAGGAAACAAUGGAAAGAACGAAGCAAACGUUAUUAUGCCCGUAAGAAAGUUGAAAGACAGGUGGCAGAGGUAGAACUGCAGAGGAUGAUUGAAGAAAAUACUCCACCAAAUACACCACCGCCCAUAGCUAUAAAUGUAGAUAGAAGAAGACGAGUUGAAGAAAAUAAUCCACCACAUACACCACCGCCCAUAGCUGCUAAUGUAGAUAGAAGAGCUGAAAGUGGAAGAGUAAAAAGAAGGCGACACUUAAAAAAAUUAAAUGAUACAAUUUCGGUUUUGGAGGAGAAACUUGCAAAAGAAAAAAAACGCGCCAACAAGUAUAUAGUAAAAUUACAUCGAAUUAAGAAAAAGACAACUCAGCAAAUAGAUAAUAGAACCGAAAAUUCCAGUCCAUCAAAAGUAGUAGAGGAAAUGACAGUAGGCGUAAAUGUUACCCCCGAAAUAAAGAAAAGUAUUUUGUUUGCCGAAACAAUUAAAAAACAACUAAAAAUAAACUAUUGCAAACUAAAGAGACAUGAAGAGAGAACAAUAUUUAAAAAGCAGCUGUUAGGGACCGUAGUAAGCAAAUAUAAGUUCAAAAGUGCAUUGCAGAAAGUUACCUCCAUGUCUUCUUGCAAAAGAAAGGCGAUAAUUUCUAAGAGAAAAUUAGCUUACGACACAUUGAAAAAAUCGAUUCAUGCAUUCUUUAAAAGGGACGAUAAUACCACUUUAACUCCCGGGAUAAAAGAUACUAUUACUCGUCACAAAACUAAAAUGCAAAAAAGAUAUUUAAAUGACACACUGUUGUCACUGCACAAAAAGUUUACAAAUGAACAAAAAUGUAAAAUAUCCUAUCAAACUUUCUGUAAAUGCAGACCUUUCUGGGCGGUACAGAAAGAUAUUAAUAAACGAGACACAUGUAAAUGUAUGUUACAUGAGAAUAUGCAUUUGAUAAUAUAUAAACUAAAAAUCAAUAAUUUAAUACAAGAAAAGAACGCUCAAGAAAUCAUAAAGAACGUGUGUUGUAAGGAUACAAAAGAAAAGUGCUUAUCAAGGCAAUGUGAGGAAUGUAUAAAUGAAAAUGUUAGAGUGAAUAAUGAUUAUGAGAAAACUGACACAUUGAUGUAUGAACAAUGGAAAGUAAUAAAAGAGACAAGAGUAAUAAAAGGUUGCGAGAAAAUAAUCAAAAGGACAGUUAAAAUAAAGAUAAGAGCCACAAAAGCAGAGCUGGUGAAUGCUUUAAUAGCAAGUCUUCCAGAAUUUUUUUGUCAUGAGAGAAAUUUACGUCAUCAAUCGAGCAUAGUACGAAAGAUUAAAUCGGGUUUAAAGAUUAAUGAUGUAUUAAUCCACAUGGACUUCUCUGAAAACUACCAAUGUAAAUAUGCUGAAGAAGUCCAAUCUGCCCAUUUUGGUAGUUCCAAGCCCCAACUAUCUCUUCAUACUGUGGUUGUUUAUCGAAAAGGUAUUGGCAGUGAUCCUGUACCAACAUCCUUUUGUACUGUUUCAGAAAACUUAAGUCACGAUGCAUUUGCCAUAAUGGCACAUCUUGAGCCCAUUUUUUCCUUUGUGAAAUAUAAUUACCCAGAAAUAAAUAACUUCCAUUUUGUCUCUGACGGACCCACUACACAAUAUAGAAAUAAGACAAUUUUCUCUCUGAUUCAAAGGUAUCUCUCAAAAAUGUUAGAGGCAGAGAUGAUUAGGUGGCAUUAUUCUGAAAAGGGUCACGGGAAAGGUGCCCCUGAUGGAAUUGGUGCUACCAUUAAACGAUCAGCUGAUUCACUGGUUGCUAAAGGAAAAGACAUUCCCGAUUUUAACACUUUUGUAAAGUUAUUGUCGAAUGUAAGUCCCAAGAUUACUGUAAUUGGCCUCAAUAUUACAGAAGAAACAUUAAACAAAAUAAGGAAUUAUAUUCCUCAACAGCUUCAAACUUUUCCUGGGACUUUUAAGGUUCACGAAGUAGUGUAUAACCUGAAAGAAUCAUACAUGGACAUGCGUGAGCUAUCAUGUCUUGAAUGCAAGUCUACCUGUUCCCAUUUUUUACUUGGAGUAGUAAGAGACCAUGAACGACUGCAUUAUGAAGAUGUUUAUUCUUCAAACGAGGACGAAGAACUCGUGGAUAAAGAAUUACCAGAAACAGAGACUAUACUACCUCAAACUAUCAACCUCCGUGAAAAUGAUUGUUUUGGUUUCAUUUAA